AAUUUUAACAUAACAUUUCUUACUCAGAAUUUCCCCGAACUUGAGAAAUGAAGCCACCUUGAGUGGCUCCUCUCUUGUUCGUUCAUGUGUCCUUGUCAGGUAAAAGCAACUACACACACCAUAGGAGAAGGAAAAAAAGUGCUUUCUUUUCCACCCUUAACUUUAAUCAGUGUAGAGUAACCCUCACAAACCAGCCUUCCAAAAGUUCAACCCAGUUACCAUUUUCUUCCACAUUGUCCCAUUCUUUUAUGUGGGUGGUCACCAUCUCAUUUUUAUCUCUACCAUAGUAGAUAGACACAUAAUAAUAGAGUCAUAGACGCUAUAUUAUUAUUAUUAUUGUUUUUCAAAAAAUUUGAAUUGUUUGUUUGAGAUUUGUGGCAUUGACAGUGAAACAAGUCUGCUUUUUGUCUGUUUCUCUGUGACCCCCUUCACUCUCUACAUUCCUCCACAUUUGUCUUCUACUUGCACGCGCCUCUUCUUCUCUUCUUCUCUCAACUCAACAACAGAUAGAUAGAUAGAGUCAUGGGUUCCAAUCUAAGACCCCAUCUCAGAUGCCUUGUACUGCAUCUCUGAUCCAUCAAGGUAACACUCUCUCUUAGUUCUCUGCAACUUCUGCCUUAUCCUCAGAGAGAGAGAGAGAGAGAAACAAAAGCAACAGCAAAAACAUUCGAUGUCUACCACUUUUGUUCUGUUUCCUAAAAAGGUCAGAAAUUGAGUUGAGUUGAGGUUGUUGUUUUGGAGAAGAAGAAGAAAAAAAUGAAGGACUUUCCUUCAUGCUUCGGUGAGAAUGCAGUUCAGGUUGCGGAUUCAUCAUCUUCAAGCGCGAGCCAAACUGCACAGAAUCUGGUUAUCUGCGUUUACCAAUGCCGGAUAAGGGGUAAGUGCUGCUUGAUAACCAUCACGUGGAGUAAGAGCUUGAUGGGGCAAGGGCUUAGCGUUGGGAUCGAUGAUUCGUCUUCAAAUCAGUGUCUUUGUAAGGUGGAUAUCAAACCCUGGGUGUUCUCCAAGAGGAGGGGUUAUAAGAGCCUUGAGGCUUAUUCUUGUAAGAUUGAUGUGUAUUGGGACCUUUCCAAUGCUAGAUUGGGUGUUGGUCCUGAACCCUUGGAGGGGUUUUAUGUAGGAGUAGUUGUAGAUCGGCAAAUGGUUCUCCUUCUUGGAGAUUUGAGGAAAGAGGCUUUCAAGAAAUCUAGUGCUAUUCCAUUACCCUCUAAUGCUGUUUUUGUUGCCAAAAAAGAACAUGUUUUUGGCAAGAAGAUGUUUGGUAAUAAGGCUGUGUUUUGUGACAAUGGUCAGAUUCAUGAUCUUGUCAUAGAAUGUGACACCUCAGGGGUGUCUGAUCCGUGCCUUAUAAUUCGCAUAGAUAGCAAAACCGUGAUGCAGGUGAAGCGGCUCAAGUGGAAGUUUAGGGGGAAUCACACCAUCUUGGUGGAUGGACUUGCAGUGGAAGUUUUCUGGGAUGUCUAUAAUUGGCUUUUUGGUACAUCCCUUGGAAAUGCUGUCUUUAUGUUCAGAACAUGCAUCUCCGAGGAAAAAUUGUGGGUUGGUCAACCCCUUUCUGAUGCAAAUGUGGUGCAGUGGUCCUUCUCUCAGAGGUUUUCUGAGACCAAGUCGCAAGGUCUCGGCUUCUCACAGAUUUUAUACGCGUGGAAGAACGACUAGAGUUGUGGAAAUCCACCAUACUAACAGACCUUUUAGUGAGUUGUGAUUUUACCCAGGAUCUGAUUGUUUUACUACACUUGAUUAAAGAUGAGUACUUUUGCUUGUAUCGCUUCUACCCUUAAAAUUCAUACCCUCAAUAUAUCUGUGCAUUUGAACAGAUCAUGAACAUUUUUUUUUCUCCAAUUGGCUGUAUAUUUAUCCUCAAGUGUUAAUUUUAUGAUAUCCAUAUUACAAAAAACUAGUCUACAGUUUGUUGUGUUAUUCAAGUACAUAUUCUCUUAAUUUCUUUCAUCAGUAAUAUAUACCUGCUAUUCCAAUUUCAGGUUGUCAUAUAUUUUUAUCUUUUUGCUUUGAGAAUUCAUCUUAUCAGAUAUGUGCGGCAGGAACUGCAAACUAGUAAUGUCUAUUAACUAAGAAGAUACAGCAGUAACAAGUCUUAUAGCCAGGGAGAGCUGAGGCUGAAGAGGAAGGUAGCUUGUGAGAGAAAAAGAGAUCAAUGAAUUAUAAUGAAUGCUGAUUUGCUUUCCUUCCUGUAUUAUAAUCCACAGAGCUUUUACUAAUAUAGUGAGACUAUUAUCAGGAUAUGGAAUUAAUCCUUCCCUUAUUAGAAUCUCCUGCUCUGAUGUCUGAUAAUUAGCAAACUGAGAAUGAGAUUCUGGUCAGUUAUCUUUGUAUAUAUUUAUUUAUUUUCAUUCUGAGAGACCAGGUAUCAUUCUGGUUAGCAUAUGAAGAUGAAUCAUGGUUUGUGACU